CUUCACGUAUGUUGUCAUCAUCAACUGACGUUUGUAGAUUUCUUGAUUCUCUCAGCUUUCCCUGUAUUUUCGCUUUUCCUUGAAUUACAUCUGAAGAUCUGUGAAAAUCAUUGUUAACUCUGUUCACUAGCAUAUGACCGAUCCUUAAUUCGAAAGAUGGAAGCUUUAGAUAUUAUUGAGAAGCGGAUCGACAGCCUAAACCGCGUCUUGGGCCAACUCCCUGACUCCAACAAAACAUCCAGUGGAGAGGAGAAUCUCGUCGAUUCCUUAAUUUCAGCCAACACCCUGAUCUCCAGCUCGUUGAGUGGCCGGGAAAACAUUUCCAAAGUGGUGGACCGCACUGCUGAACUCGAACGAUACCUGGAUCCGAAUUACCUGGACAGCACGCAAGAGAUAAAAUCGAAGGAGGUCUACGUGAACACAGUGGCACCCGAGUUGGCUGCCAAUUUCGAGAUGUUGGAGAAAAUCAAGAGCCUCGAGCCUGCUUUGGGCGCCGAGUACUUCCGCAACAUCCCAGAUGCUACCGAAAAGCUGAAGGAAAUGGGUGAGUCAGCAGCGGAGUUAAGCCAGCGGAACGAACUAAUUGAGGAAAGCCUUAUUUUGGCGAUGCAACGGUACAGCGAAAUUCAGAGUGGGAUCACUGAGUCAUUGCGGGCAAUGAACGAACGCUUGGACAGGAUCGAGGAGAAGCUGCAGCGGAAGAAGGAAGUGGACGUUGAUGUGUAAAAUUGAGGGGGUUGCAGAGGACUGCAAGGAAGUGUCUAAGGUUAUUUAUGUCUAUUUUCAAUGAAUAUGUACUACAUCUUGUGAUUAUCAAACAAAUAUAUAUAUUAUCUGCUGAAAA